AUGGCGAACCACGGUGUCAGCACAGAGGGGAAGCGGCUUCCACGAAUGGCUGCCACUCUAAUGAUGCGCUUUGCCUCUGAAAGAGAGCCCACCGUUGGCAUCCACAGGGCCAGCCUCAGACCCCUUACCCCUAACAGCGAGAUUGAGGAUUCUCGGUCUGCUGGAGAAGAGAGUCAGUCCACCAAUCCAGAGUUACACAACUUAGAUGAUGUUGUAGGACCAUUUUCCGUAGGCCACCAAACCCAAGAGGUGCAGUUACUGGAUUCUCCACCCCAAAUGGAAGACCUGGGCUCUGCCUCUGACAUUACUUCCCUAUCUGGAUGGAGCCUGAGCAGUGUUACAGCACCUGAAGCCACAGUGGAUUUACUGGAAGAUGCCACUGAUGGCUCUCUCACGAGGGACCAGAGAACUGGAGUGAAGUUCGCAGACUGGCACAAAAAUCGCAUUACAGCUUUGUGUACUGGACGUUUUGACAAGCUGCUCAGGGAAUGCCCAGAGUGCCACAGCACUAAGAGCUGCUUUGCUGCUUUUGUACUGGAAAGAGAGUCGCAGGACACAGGUGGCCAGCGCUGUGAGAAUUAUGAAGUGGUAGCUCUGGGAUCGGGUCAGAGCUGCUGCAGCGGAUGGCUUUCUUACACAGGAUCUGUUGUCCAUGACUGCCACGCCAUUGUCAUUGCCCGCAGAGCCCUCAAAAGGUACCUGUACAAGCAGCUCCUGCUGUUCUACAGUGCUGAUCCAGACAUGAAGCACCGCUCAAUUUUGGAAAGUGUUCCAUCUGAACGACUGCUUCAGCUCAAGCCACAUAUUUACCUUCAUAUGUACACCAACAAAACCCCAAAAGGAGCAGCUCAGUGCAUAGUUCUGUCUCAAAACAGUGCUUACUCUGCUCUGAAGCUGCAGUGCCAUGCUAAAGGUUCUCUCAUCCCUGCCGCCUUUCUGCUUCCAAGUGUGUGGGGUGCUCGCACAUGUUGCAUGUCUGACAGUGCCAAACUGACUCGCUGGACUGUUACUGGCCUCCAGGGAGCGCUACUGAGUCAUUUCAUUAACCCAGUCUACAUUACCAGCUUUGUGCUUGGUGAUUCUAGGCACUGCUCAGAGAAAGUGUCUGAAAUCAUCAACAAGCGUCUGGGCACAGGUUGGACAGAUGCAUUGCCUCCUCCAUUCAAACAAACCAGCAUCUUCUUUUUAAGUGGAGAGAACGUGGGGCCUGGAGAGAACAAUGAAUACUGCAAAGACCUCAGUGUCAACUGGUGCUUGGGAGACUCCAGUAUUGAGAUACUGGACAGCACCACUGGAUAUGCCAUCAACAAUUCCCCAUUUGUAAGCGGUCCUGGGUCGUCCAGCAGACUCUGUAAAAGAGCGUUGUACUUCUGCUUCAGAAAAGUUGCGGGACUGGCAGGCCACCAUGAGCUCCUGUCUUUCACAACGUAUCGCAGUGCAAAAAUGGCUGCCCAGUUGUAUCAGGAGACCAAGACUCAGGUCAACAUGCAAUUCUUGUCCAAUAAUGCUGGACCGUGGAACUCCAAACACUUGGUAGAUUGCUUCAGCCGCUAA